UGGUAAACGUCUUAUUACAAUCGCACUGCGCGAGUUUACUCUUCAAAUAAUCUUUGUCUUUACGCAGUGUUUACCGUCUUGCCACAACGCAACUAACGCGAGCUUUCCCGACGUGGUUUCAUCAAUUUAUACACGUCCCACUUGACAGACAACCUUCGAACGGCGCAACCACAGCUCAACUUUACAACCACAGUCUUGUCGCAUUCACUACAAACUCCAGCUCUCUACAUUUGCCUCCAUCACCUCACCCAUGAUGAAUUGCUCUCUGCCAUAACUUUCGCGCGCUGAAGUGAAGGGGGGCUUGGCCGGAGAUCAUACGCGUACUCAUCUAGGGACCAAGCAAGAUGCCUUCCAAUCUCCACCCCCAGGCGAUGUUCGAUCCCAUACCGCCGGAUCUCGACCUCAGCACCCUCGUCGAGAAGACGCCCAACUUCGACUAUGUGAUUCGCAUCUCCACUGACCAGAUCAGGGAGCUGGGUCUACAGGAAUUCGAAAAGCUGGUCCUGCUGCAUGUUAUCCAGGGCGGCAAACCUCUGGUCGUGGAAGGUUGGGAGAGUGAUCUGCCGCCGUGGCUGUACAGCUCGACCUGGAUGCAGGAUAACUUGGGCAAGAAGCAGGAGCAAGUUCGAGACAUUACAAAUCAUACCAACAUCCCCAUGACAACCGGCCAUUACCUCAAUUCUCUUGAAAAACUGACGAGGCAAUGGACGCCUACGAACUUCCGCGACCUCAAGCGACAGCGCCUCUACCUCAAGGAUAUCGACUGCCCGCAAGCAUGGGAUCACCAAUUACGCGAAUACAUUCCCCAGACACUCCUCUACCUCAACAAUUGCGUCGGAGAGAAGGGUGGCCCAGGAUCCGUGCAUGAGAGGGACAAAUAUAAUCACCUUGUUAUGGGGCAAGGAAUUGCUCCAGCCGGCGACUUGAUGAGCAAUCUACCACCGGACAUGCGGGCGGAAAACAUGAUGUGUUAUAUCGGCCACGAAGGGACCUACACCCCCGCCCACCGAGAGAUGUGCGCAACAGUUGGGCAGAAUAUCAUGGUCGAGACGUCUGAUGUAGGCAAGGGCGAGACGCCGGGAAGCUCGAUCUGGUUCAUGACCGAGACGAAGGACAGGGAGGUUGUUAGCGAGUACUUCUUGUCUAUGCUUGGUCACGAUAUCGAGGUUGAGAACCACUUUGCCCAGAUUGUUGCGUGGAAAAAGGCGCCCUUCCCGGUUUACAUUGUGGAGCAGAAAGUGGGAGAUUUCAUUCUCAUUCCACCGCUUGCGCCGCACCAGGUCUGGAAUAGGGGCACGCGGACCGUGAAGGUGGCCUGGAAUCGCACGACGGUAGAAACGCUUGAGAUGGCGCUCUCCGAAGCCUUGCCACGUGCCCGCAUGGUUUGCAGGGAUGAACAAUACAAGUGCAAAGCUAUUGUAUUCUACUCGUUGUUGAGAUACUACACCGGUCUACAGAAGGCGGAGAAGGAAGAGGAGUCUGGUUUCGGCGCUUACCAGUCAGAGCCGGUCAGGUUUGCUCCGAGGGUGAGACAGCUACAGCGAGACUUCAAGCGCCUUUUUGGGCUCUACAAGACGAUUUUAGUGAGCGAGAUGUUUUCCCCUGAUAUGCCGAAGGAGAACAAUGUCGAGUUUAUUCAGUUUGAUAGCAACGUCACCUGCUCUUACUGUCGGUGCAACAUCUUCAAUCGGUUCUUGACUUGCAAAACUUGUGUUGGCGAACUCGAGAAUGGCGACGAGGAUACGUAUGAUAUAUGUAUGGAUUGCUACGCCAUGGGUCGAUCCUGUGCCUGUUUAUCGAAUCUUCAAUGGGUUGAGCAGUGGCGCUGGCCCGAGUUAACUAAACGCUACGAUGUAUGGCGUGCGAUGGUCUUGUACAUUGAUGGCUAUGUGGAUAACACCUCACCUCAAACAUUGGAGAUAGAGAGAAAGUAUUCUGGCAAGAAGCCGAUUGCUCAGAUAUGCCAAGAACAACUCAAAAAGAGGCCAUGGCGCGACAUAACGAAGCCACAUGUACUUGAUCCGCUUCCUGGCGACUCUGAUGUAGAGCCAGAAGCUGAUGACGAAGGUCGACCAAAGAAGAGGAAAGGCAAGCGGCAGUCUCUUGCUGGGAAGAAGCGACAGUCAACUUGCCAUAUCUGCAAAAAACUCGAGGCGGACUGGAAACUUGCUUUCUGCACUACCUGCCCACUUUCGUAUUGUUAUGGUACGCUUUGGCGGGCUUUCGACAUCAAGCCAGAGAAGAUCAUGGAGACACUGGACUGGCAAUGCCCGAAAUGCCAGUUGAUCUGCUCCUGCGGCGCAUGUCGUAGACUGAACUCAUCCAAGCAGAUUCCCUAUCAGCCGAAAGGCACAUUACUUGGCCACGACACACGCAUGGUCGCUGAUCCGCGCAGUGUGGAAAGCUUGGUCGAUUUCAGCCGCACAAACCUCGCUUGGUUGAAGGGGGAGGAGGAUACAGCGCCGAAGGAUUCGGUAAGGAUGAAGAAGUUGAUGGAGAAAGCGCAGGCUGAGAAGUCUCGUGACGAGACGCUGGAGGAAGAUUCGGAGAUGGGUCGGCGUAUGGACAGUCAGCAUAUGGAUAUUCAGCCUGUGGGCGAUGCGAUCGACCCCGCGCUGCUAUCUGCUGGGGAUGGAGGGGCGCCUACUGCACCGAUGUUUGGAGGAACAGACGUUUCCAACCUACCCCCGACCAUCGAUGUAGACGCGAACCCUGCCUUCGUAUCCCCAGCCGACUUAAUGAAAAAUCCCGACUACUCCGUCUACCCAGGCCCACAAGGCAUCCCUCGUGAGCGCAUGAUGGGGAUAGGGUACUACCAGCAGCGCAACGACGCCGACAAGAUCCUCUUCGACGCCCCCGACGCCACCGCCGACGACGAGCACCAGGACGCCGCAUACCCGCGCCUUCAAUCCGAUACUGAAGAUGGGCUUCUAGUGCAGCCGAACAAGAAGCGGCCGCGCGAGAGCCUGAAGGGACGCGUGGAUGAGGCGCAUUUACAGUUCCAGGCUGCGCAGAAGAAGCAGAAACUCACUGAUGCGAAGAGGGAGGGGAAAUUCUUCAUGACGAAGAAUAAGCUUGAAGGCGGGAAGCCGUGUAAAGUCAAGUUGCUGUUGCCGAAUCAUAAAGAGUUCCUGGGGAGACUGGAGGCGUUUGAUGAGGAAGAGGAGGCGCCGAGACAUAAUCCGAGACCGGGAAGGAGGAGUUUGGCGAGGAAGGAGCAGGUGGCGGUUGAUUCUACGGUCGUUACUUCUAAUGUUCGCGAGGAUGUCGUAUACCUUGAGGACGAUGAGGAGGAGGAAGAGCUGGAGAUCAACACUAUUGUUGCGGUAAGGCGUAAUCCUCAUGUUUCGAUAUCUGCUCCGCCGGAGAAGGAAGAUACCAUCGUCGUCGAGCUGCGGAAACCAAAAGGACGACCACCCAAAUCCCAGGUUUCAGGACCUGCCGUUCUUUCGCCCACCCUCAGUAACAGUCCAGAGGCCCAGAGGCGCGGACGCGGUCGACUACCGCGCAGAUCCGACGUUACUGAACCUGCGUUCGAGCCUGUCCUCAACAACAGUCCAGAAACCCAGAGGCGUGGACCCGGUCGACCCCCCAAAUCCCAGAUUCCAGAACCUCCAUUGCCCGAACCCCACCUCAUCAGCGGCCCAGAAAACCAGAGACUCAGACCCGGUCGACCGCGCAGAUCGGACAUUGCUGUUACGGCGGAUCGCACGCCUGAAAACGGCAUCACCUCUACAGCAGCAGCAGCAGUUGGGACGCGAAUUCGAAGAUCUGGGAUGCUUCAGAAACCCGCAGUGCCAGCAGCGCCAGCAGCGGCUGCGACUGUCGAACCAGCUAGUAGCAGCCAGAAGAAACCGCCCGGACGACCACCGAGCAAAUCUACAUCUUUGGGGGUGGAUGAGGGAGUACAAGCUAAUAAACAUCCGCGCUCACCAGAAGCACAAAAUAUGGAGGCGGAUACGAGGCCGGAGAAGAAGAGGAGAGGGUCUAUUCUAUUCGUUUCCGAUGAUAGCGAUGAGGUCGAGGAGGUGGAGAUCACCAACUCGUUUACGGCUGUGAACUCUGUUCCCAUCAAAAAGAAGACAGGUGCGGAGAAUACACCCAAGGAGACGACGCGAGAUGAACCUAUCGCCAUCUUCCCACCCCGACCGAACUCGACACCAAAAGACGCCGCGCACAGCCCGGGUGCAAGGCCUAGGAGCAGAUACAUGGACGGAAGCACAUCCCUCUCCCCACGCCCCGCGCAGGGUAUGAGUACAGAUAGUCCCAUCCGCUUCGACGGCGGCGACAACGGUGGGGUUGUUUACAACGACAACGACAACGAUGAUGGGGGAUUCUUCUCCUCGCACUCCUCGCACUACCACUCCGCCACCCCUGACGUCGCGGAAGAGCAAGAACGACGCCCCCCCGCCUCAGGAAAAGCGUCCAGCGCGAGCAGUGUCAUUUCAAGCAGCUACCGGGAUGCGAAGAUGGAGGCGAUGCGUCUAGCAGAGGAGGGAAUGGAGGAGGAGAUGGAGAGGGCGAGGGUUAAGCGUGGUGGUGUACCUAAGCCUGCUGCGGUGGGGGGUGGGAGCGCGAGUUUCAAAGCGCAGUUUUUCGCUGAGGAGUCAGUCUCACCACCGCCGCCGCCGCCCCCAGUUAAAGCUGCACCAGUUACAGUUCCGAUGACGAAGCUUGGUGAGACUCCCGCCGGGCAGCAGCCCGGGAAAUCGGUGACUCCGGCGUCGAGGGGGGGGAGGGGCGGGAUGCAGAUACGCCUCCCUCGCCAUUCGGAACCGAGGGGUGAGAAGGUUGGGAAGGCUGGGAGUCCCACCUCGGAGGAGUCGUCGGAUGAUGAUGAGGAUGAGGAGAUUCCCGCGCGAAGAGUCGUCCCUGCUAGAGAGGGGAUGAAAGGGUUGGGAUUUGCUAGGAGGGGUAGGGGGAGAGGGAGGGGAGUAUGUAGGGGGGGUUGA